AUGAGGGGCGAGUGGCAACAACCAUUCAUGUGCUCUUCUGGUGCUGGUCAUGAGGAUGUGUGCGACAACGACAACAGUGCCACUGGGUUCCGUUUUGCCUUGAAAGCAAACGUAGUGAAACCAGACCGACCGCUGCCUGGCCGGUCGCUCAUUAGUUUGCCACGGGGCAACGAAAUCAAAGCAAUGGCAAACACGGUGCCGACUGACCGGGCGUACACGUAUCAAAUUUACGUAUUGAUUUAA